AUGCUCCGCGCCAGAUUGGCAACCCAGCAAAUUGCCCGCCGCGGCUUCUCUACCACACGACCUCGAUUCGACAGCCCCUUCCACUAUCCCGAGGGCCCACGAGCCAGUUUACCUUUUAACCCGAAGACGAGAUUCUUUUGGCUGCGAUACUGGACGUUCAUG